AAUUGCCAUCUUUGUAAUUUCAUUUAUAACAAAAAAUAUAUAAAGUGGCAUUUGUGUUUAUCAUUACAAUUGAUGUGACGGCACAAUGGAUCGACCAUUGCGUCUUAUUUAUUGUGUGUUUGGUUUAGUUACGUUCUGUCAAGCAUCAAUCAUACCCUGUAAAGACGAUGACACAAAAUGCUUGGUUUCAACAGCCAAUGACAUAUAUCCUAAGAUAAUGUCUGGCGAUGCUUCCAUUGGAGCCGAAAUAUUAGACCCUGUGUGGAUAGAUGAAAUCGAUGGCUCAGUGACCAUAUUGAAGUAUAAAUUUGAAAGGUGCACAGUGGCUGGUUAUAAAAAAUGUAAUAUUACGAGUCUAAGGAUUGACGCCCAUAAUUCUAAAUUAAAAUUGAACUUAAUGUGCCCCGAAGUAAAUCUCUCUGGAUUUUACGAUAUCAACGGUCGUCUGAUAAUACUGCCAGUACAAGGAAAUGGAAAUUUUUCAAUAGAUGCAUAUUCUUACAACAUAAAUAUCGACGCAACAUACAAAAUUGUAAAAACCGACGACAGAAAAGAAUAUAUUACCAUAAAAAAUUUCAAUUUCGAUGCGAAUGCGGAAAAGGGAGCCAAGUUCCAGUUUGAUAAUUUGUUCAAUGGCCGAAAAGAUUUAGCUGAUUCAGUUCUUAAAUUUGCAAAUGAAAAUUCAAAAGAAGUUCUCCAAGAGUUUCAAAGACCAAUACUCUCCAUCACCUACAAGAUAUUUAUCAAAAAUAUCUAUAAAUUUCUAAAAGCAAUGCCUAUGGACAAUAUUUUUAAACAAAUUUAUCCAAAAUUACAUUCUUUCACUUGUGUACGCGCAAGUCUUACACCUCCCACACCGUGCAAAGCAGAUGACACCAAUUGUAUGAUGACUAUCGGGAAAUCAGUUUACAAGCAAGUACUGACAGGGGAUAAAUCUAUUGGCGCUGAACGACUGGAACCUAUGAAAUUUGAUGAAAUAGAUGGCGGCCUUACCAUGCUUAAGUUCAAAAUGACAGACACGACCAUAUCUGGAUACGAAAAAUGCGAUAUGAAGGAUUUAAAACAUGAUAACGCCAAAAUGAGUUUUGCUAUGAAAAUAACGUGCCCGCAUUUAGAAGUGGUUGGGACUUAUGACAUGGACGGUCGUCUCAUAGUCCUCCCUGUGCAAGGAAAAGGAAAAUUCUCCAUCAUCAUGGAUUCAUAUGACCUAUCACUGACCGUCACAUACAAAAUUGUAAAAGAUGACGGUGGCAAGGAACAUCUUAGUAUCAAAACAUACCAAGCUGAGGCAGAACCUAUCAAAGGCGUAAAAUACGAAUUCCAGAAUCUAUUCAACGGCAAACAAGAUUUGGCCAAUUCAGUGCACAAAUUUGCCAAUGAGAACUGGAAAGAAGUGACGCUCCAAUUCCAAGGCCCCAUCAUAGCCGCUACUUUCAAGAAACUGAUAAAGAAUACUAAUAAAUUUUUGAAGGCAAUGCCGAUGGACAAAGUAUUUUUAUAAAUACAACGUGUUUUUAAAUUUGAAUUUCUACAAAUGAAAUUUUGUGUUUAAUAAAUGAUGAGGACUGCUGUUGACUGACA